CGGGGCGGUGCGGGGGCCCGCCGGGGGACCUGAUUGUGAGGCUGGAGGUGUACCCCGACCCCAACCUGCGGCGCUGCGGUCUGGACCUGGAGAGCGAUCUGCCGCUGGAUGUGUUCACGGCGGCUGCGGGCGGCAGGAUGCGGGUGGAGACGGUGCGGGGGGCCGGCUGGCUGGAGGUGCCGCCAGGCACCCAGCCCGGGGACGUGCUACGGCUGCCCGGGGCGGGGGUGGUGCGGGCGGCUCCGGACGGCUCCGGGCUGCUGCGGGGGGACCACUGCUUCUCCGCGCUCGUCACCCUGCCGCGGCCCGACCAGCUGUGCGGGGAGGGGCGGCGGCUGAUGAGGAGGCUGGGGGAGCUGUACGGCAACUAUAAUUGUUGUACGGAGGACUGUGAGUACGAAGAGAAGGGUGGAGGUGAAGAUGAGGGAGGAGGAGGUGGAGGAAAGGAUGCGAGCGCGGGUGUGGGUGCGGGCGUUGGAGAUGGAGAAGGAGAAGAAGGGGGAGAUGCGGGUAUCGGGGAAGGAGGUUUGAAGGGUAGUGGCGCAGGGAGCGAGCGGGGAGGUAUGGAUAAGGAGAAGACGUGAAGCAACACGAGAAGCCUAUACGUGAGCAGGCGAGGAUAGACGACAUGCAGGAGCGAGGGAGCCGUGAGGGGGUUGUGGCAAGAGCCCCAGAUGUGCUGAGGGAGGAAGUCGAGGGUUGAUGCCAGGUUGGGGCAAUGUACCUGUAUACCGGUAUUGCCUCAGGUCAGGACAGCAUCAGCAGGCGUACUAGGAUUAAGCGAAGGGCGAAGGCAGGUUGCAUAGACGGGUGUAGUACGGGUUGCGUACGGCACAUGGCGGCAGGUGGCACGUGAGCAGGGUGUGUUUCUUGAUCGCGGGGGGUUGAUCAUAACUCAAUAGCGGAUAGCGCGCCUUACUUUGCAGGCUUCUCCGGAAUGCGCCUGCUGACUAGGUACCUGGAGGAUACAAGGGGUCCUGGGCUGCUGGGACCUAGGACCGAAACGUGCCAGGGGGCUAUACUGAGGCGUGCACCUUAUGCGGUGAGGCGAAUGGGAAGCCACCCUGGGUAAUGACGAGCCAGUGUGCAUCGUCCCCUCGAAGCCGCUUCGCUUCCCAAGCGCUCCUGAAAACCCUUUGUUAC